GAUGGUCGUUGUGUGCGUCAGACACGUACCAGUCUGACGGCCAUACAGGGCGCCAAGGCGCAUUGAUCUCUACAUCGAGUUCGCACGCGUCUGGAAGCCGCCCUUCGAGUUUUACACCAAACUCUACGCCAAGACCAUCACGGGCUACACCCAGAGAAGCAAAAUAAGCACUGUAAGCCGGUCUCCAUCAGGCGCGGAUUGAUCGGGGGGAGGUGGGGUGCAGGACGAGGAGUUAUCGGGCGCCGAGGUUAACAAGGCCACGCGCAAGGUGAAGUACACAUAGAUCGAGGAGGAGAUCAAACGAAUCUUCGGCAGCAAGUUCAGCGACAAGGUGAUGAAGAAGGAUGCAACAUACUUCCUGUUCACGACCAAGGAGAGCGACGACGACAAGGUGCUGAUCGAGAUCUCGUCCAUGGUGGUGCUGCGCAUGAAGGAGAUGGCCGAGGCCUUCCUGGGCCAGAGAAUCUCGCAGGCUGUGGUGACGGCGCCCGCGUACUUCAACAACCAGCAGCGUCAGUCCACCAAGGACGUCGUCUCCAUCACCGGUCUGGACCUGCAGCGUAUCAAUAACGAGACCUCGGUCGCUGCCCUUGCUUACGGCCUGGACACGAACGCUGGCACGGAUGGCAAGGCCUGCAACGUGCAGAUCUUUGUCCUGGGCGGCGGUACCGUCGAUGUGUCGAUCCUGUCCAUUCGAGUACGGCAUCUUGAGGUCAAGUCGACCGGCGGCGACAGUGCAGAGGACUCCGACAACAACAUGGUGCAGCACCUGCUGACGGAGUUCGAGCGCAAGAUCCGCAACCUGGACCCGUCGGGCUCGGCUCGUGCAAGCGUCGUCACGGCCUGUGAGUCGGCCAAACGCAUGCUGCUGACCACUACGUCCGCUUCGGUGGAGGUGACCUCCCUGUUCGAGGGCGUGGAAUUCUCGUCCACCGUCGUUACCCGAGCUAAGUUCGAGUCCCUCAAUGAGGAGCUGUUCAUGCGCUGUGAAGUGACCGUGUUCAAGGUGCUGGAGGACGCCAAGAUGAAGCCCGAGGACUGGAGCUGUUCAAGUCAGCCAACCGGGACGAGGCAGUCACCUACGGUGCGCCGUGCAGGGCGCCACCCUGGAUGGCAUCAGCAACGACGCCACCAACUGCUGCUGGUCGAUGUCACCCCGCUGUCACAGGGUAUUGAGACUGUGGGCAAGUUCAUGUCGGUGCUCAUCAAGCGCAAGACGCACGUGUCCGUGACGGUGGGGAACUACUAG